CCAGUGCUGGCUUUUACAUGCGCACAACCUGGGGCAAAAGCAAGGCGAGGCGGGCGGAGCGGGAGCGGGUGGCUCGGUCUCGGAGGGUGGGAGGCGGCGUCUGCGCGCCGAGUGCAGCCCCACCCUCGCGCGUGGGGCAGAGCCUGGGCGCCACAGGCCGGGACCGUCGGGCGGCGCCCCGGCACUGCUGCGGAAGAGCGGGAGCCGCACUUUGUUGGAGUCGCGGACGUUUGGGUCAGGGGGACAGCCUCCGCGCUCUGGCUUCCCGCCUCUUGGCGGCGGGUCUGCUUGCUCCGACCCGCUUCCCGUCCCCGCACCUGCCGCGCGCAGCCUGCGCCCCCAGUCGGAGCCCAGCUGGUCCCCGCGGCGCGCGGAGCACCAUGCAGUCGCUGAACAUCACCCCGGAGCAGUUCUCCCGGCUGCUGCGGGACCACAACCUGACGCGGGAGCACUUCAUCGCUCUGUACGGGCUGCGGCCGCUCGUCUACACGCCCGAGCUGCCCGGACGCGCGAAGCUGGCCUUCGUGCUCACCGGCGGGCUCAUCUUCGCGCUGGCGCUCUUUGGCAACGCGCUGGUGGUCUACGUGGUGACCCGCAGCAAGGCCAUGCGCACCGUCACCAACAUCUUCAUCUGCUCCCUGGCGCUCAGCGACCUGCUCAUCGCCUUCUUCUGCAUCCCGGUCACGAUGCUCCAAAACAUCUCGGACAACUGGCUGGGGGGUCCCUUCAUUUGCAAGAUGGUGCCAUUUGUCCAGUCUACUGCCAUUGUGACCGAAAUCCUCACUAUGACCUGCAUUGCUGUGGAAAGGCACCAGGGACUCGUGCAUCCUUUCAAAAUGAAGUGGCAGUACACCACCCGGAGGGCUUUCACGGUGCUGGGUGUGGUCUGGCUGGUGGCAGUCAUCGUAGGAUCCCCCAUGUGGCACGUGCAACGACUUGAGAUCAAGUAUGACUUCUUAUAUGAAAAAGAACACGUCUGCUGCUUGGAAGAGUGGGCCAGCCCUGUACACCAGAAAAUCUACACCACCUUUAUCCUUGUAAUUCUCUUCCUCUUGCCUCUGGUGGUGAUGCUUAGCCUGUACAGUAAAAUCGGUUAUGAACUCUGGAUCAGUAAGAGAGUGGGGGACAGCUCCGUGCUUCGGACCAUUCAUGGAAAAGAAAUGUCAAAAAUAGCCAGGAAGAAGAAGCGAGCUGUCAUUAUGAUGGUGACAGUGGUGGCUCUGUUCGCCGUGUGCUGGGCUCCUUUCCACAUCGUUCACAUGAUGAUUGAAUACAGCAAUUUUGAAAAGGAACAGGAUGAUGUCACAAUCAAGAUGAUUUUUGCCAUCGUGCAAAUAAUUGGGUUUUCCAAUUCCAUCUGUAAUCCCAUUGUUUAUGCCUUUAUGAAUGAAAACUUCAAAAAAAACUUCUUAUCUGCGGUUUGUUACUGCGUGGUCAGAGAAACCUUCUCUCCCGCCCGGAGACGUGGAAACUCGGGAAUGACAAUGACGCAGAAGAAAGCAGUGCUUUGCUGGAGAGAGACCCCUGUGGAGGAGACCAGAGGAGAAGCGUUCAGUGAGGGCAACAUCGAAGUCCGGUUGUGUGAGCAGCCGGAGGAGAAGAAGCGUCUCAAGUGACAGCUACCCGUUCAUUCCGAAUGUCUAAGACGCGCUUCAGGCUGUGGGCGCUAAUUAUAACAUUUCUGCAUAAUUAAUACCAUUCAGAUCCUAACCUGAAGAGAAAAUGAUUUUGAGGAAAGGUCAAAGACUUUUUAUUUGUAGAAUGAGGAAAAGAAGGCAUCUUAAAUCAGUUCCCAUAAAAACAUGACAUUAUACAUGAAAUUACAGUUUUGAAAAAUUAGUGAACCAUCCUUGUACUUUACAAAAGUGGAGUUUUAAAAAACCUUGUACAGAAACAGAUGUUUUUGGCUAUUUUUUCCCCCAGCCAGUCAAUUGUACUGUGGCUUUUUGUGUAUUGUUAAGUUGGAUGAGAAAUAAGUUAAAAACUAUAUCGUCUGUCUUGAAUAAGUUUAAUAGUUGAAUGCUGUAACAUCGUUUUUAGUGCAUUGCUGAAGCUUGGUGAUAAAUUCUCUUGCAAAUGAGGUCUGUCCAAUGAUUAUAAAGUCAAAGAAGAUGCAGAAGCAGCGAAAUGACAGAUGGGUGGGAUUUGGAGGCAGAUGCCUGCCUAGGCUUGAGCUCCAGUUCCCACAUAGGCCCGCUGUGCCCGCCACUGUGACCACUGGCCACCACGACCUUCUUUAAGCCUCCAUUCCUUCCUGUGGGAAGUGGGGCGGCAUCUCUACCCACAAGUCACUGCCAGAACGUGUGAGCCAGGAGCAGGAAGGCGCUUUUACUCCAACGCCCCCUCGAGUUCCAAAGCAUUGUCGUAGCUCCUUACGUCUCAGAUCUCUCCAUCUGUUCCGUUUUCCUUUCUGAGAUUUGUCCUCAGCCCUGCCCAACCUUCAGCGUGGGCCUAUUUUGUAACUGGUUUCUCUACUCAAAAGAAGAAAGAUUCUGGGAUCCUCCUUUAUAGGUUGAGUGACAUAAACAGACCAAUCUAUCUCAAAUAUUUACGUUUUUAAGCUCUGCAUUUUCACUAGUGGGAUGAAAGCUUUUUGGGGACGUAAAAGGGCUGGUAGGUGCAGUUAGAUGAGAGCAUCAAUCCCGAGCCCAUGAACUUUCACUGACCCCCACGAGAGAUGGGUCAGGAAGAGCAGUAGAGCUCCCCACUCCUACUCACCUAAAUCUCCCUCCAACGCAGCUCCUCACUUCUCAGUCUUCCCCUCUUACCCCCCGGUGUCCUGGAGCCAGUGGGCAGCAUUCCAGGGCUCUGUUGCUUCCCCUUCAACAUCUGAGAUUCCCAAAGUCCAGACACAGCCUUGUGGCCAAAGUGUUUCUUCUAUCUCCAGUUUUCAGGCCAGAAAGAAAAGGGAGCUCAGGAACGCUCAGGUUAUUUCAUUUGUAAAGCUUUAAGGUUUGGGACCAGAGAACUCAGAACAUGGGGGUCUUUCAAGAUACAGACAUUUCAUUGUACAUGUUUGUUAAUGUAAGCAAGGAAGAAAAAAGAGAUGAAACAGUGUGUGGUAUUAGGAAAAAGAUGUCUAUACGACACAGGAAAAUUAACAAAGUUGAGAGAGGAAAGCUGAUGAUUUGGUUUGUGUUGAAAUGGACUCAUUAUGGCUUAUUUAUGUACCCUGUCCUGUUAUGCCUAGUU